CCCCUUUACUGAGAGUUAGAGCCGCUCUCUUCCACAUCCCCACGUCUCCCCCACACUCUUCCAGGUACACGCCCUUUGACUUGUCAGGGGGAAAAGUUUUAAGGAAAGAAAAAAAAAAAAAACUAAAUCACGGAAGAGAUUCUGCGUCCUACUAGUUUGGCAAGUUAUCUAGGCAAAACGCAGCGCAGAAAGGCGGAGAAGAGGGCAGAAACUCUAAUUUGCGCAAAUUUAUACACUUCUCUUUUCCCGCUGACGGUAUACGAGAGAGAGGAAUCAUGGAGUCUGCUAUUCAGACCAUGGUGAAGGUCUUCCUGAAGUCGUCCAAGGGAAAGGAGAAUCUAGGAAAGAGUCAAUUCCAGAGCCUUGUCAAGAGCCAGCUCUCCAACAUCCUUUCGGACACAGACAGCAAGGAGGCGGUCAACAACAUGGGCCAGGGACUGGAUGCCAAUCAGGAUGGCAAGGUUGGUUUUGAGGAGUACUUGAAGCUGGUUGGCUACCUGGCGGUCUCGCUUAGCGAACAGCGCAACCUCGCCAAAGAGGAGCCUGCCCAAAAUGCUGUGUCCGGACAAGUGGCAUUAAGUUCCCCUGGCAAAGAAGAGGAGAAACCAGAGGCAAACGUAGAGGCACAUGAUGAAGCAAAGCCUGAAGCGAAUAAAGAGGCAAAGGUAGAAGUAGUUGCUGAAGUAAAUGUAGAAGAAAAUGCAGAUGGAAAUGUCAAAGUAACGAUAAAGUCCGAGGUAGCAAAGCCGGAGGAGAAGCCAGCGGCAGCAUUAGAGAAGGCUCCAGUGGAAGUGGUCGUAAAAGAAGAGGAGGAGAAAACAGAAAAGGUGGAGGAAGCUGUAGAGAACCUGGCUGCAGCUGUGGAGGCAGAAGUGAAGAUAACGGAGGCCACCUCAUAGGGGACAAUCCAUUCCUUCACAAAACAAAUCCCACUACAUGCUUACAUUCAACACAAAACAUUAAUGCCAAAAUAAGCCAAACAACCACUAAAAAUGUAUUGUCAAAUUACACACAACACUAAAAUACAAGAUAUAAGUAAAAGUUCAAACACUACAAACCCAGCUCUGAAGAAACCCUAUUCCUCAAAUAUGAUAAAUAACACAUGGCAGUAAAAUCAUUGCUUUGUACUACUAGUUACCACUAUGUUCAUAUGUACAGCAUGUUGUGCAUCCCACUAUAUAGCACAUUUACCUCAUUAUGAUAAUAUAUUAUGAUAGCAUGUAGACAUACAAAAUAAUAUGCAUGUCAUUUCCCAGUGAAAAGUUUACUGCAAAAUAUGAUUUACCCUCAGCAGCACACUGACACACAUGGCCAAAGUGUGACUGCGGCCAAGAUGUUAAGUUUAAAUAACCUCCUCUCCCCACAUUUAUUUUUAUCUGGGUCUUUUCUUCAACAACUCUACACUACACAUGCACAUUAAUCCAUCAAAGUAUGUAUUUCUUGCUUAGCACUAAUGGCUUAAAGAAAUAAUUUAAAUAGUUGGAUGAGACAAUCGUCCCCACUCUUGUGUUCCACUCUUCUCAGCUAAUUCUCAGUAAAAAAAGUGAAUCAUUUCCCAGAAUCAAAUACUAUUCCUAUAAUGGUUCCAUGAAAAUCGUUUUUUACAUUCUCAUCUUUUAACUCAUAAUGCUAUGUAGCUAACUUGGCAUGACAAUAAACACAUUGUUUUGCUGAA